GGUACGCAGUACUAGUUGGUCUUGGUAAUUUCAAUUGUACCCUGCGCUUGUAAACCUACUGGGAGCUUUUCCAUGGCUGACCCAACUCCUAUAGAUGGUCCAGUGCUUGACCCUUGGCAGGAUCCCCAUCCUUUUUCUUCCGACGUCUUACCGAACGGAUCCAAUCCUUCCGAGUCCGUAGAUUCAGAGAAUGCAACGCAGGAGUCUGAAAGUGGCGAAGAUGAGUCUGAAAGCCGAGAGAAAGAUGACGAUGAGGAAGGGGAGGAAGACGAUGUGGAAGGGGAAGGGGAAGAAGACGAAGGUGAAGAUGAAGAUGACUACGAAGAUGAAGAGGAGGAUGAACCAACUCUAAAAUAUGAACGUAUGGGCGGGGCGGUUAACGACCUUCUCAAGAAGGAUUCGGCUUCUGCUCUUGCAGUCUCAAAUAAACUUUUGGCACUUGGAACUCACAAUGGUAUUGUUCACAUUGUCGAUUUAACGGGUAAACGCAUCAAGUCGUACAAACCUCAUCAAGCUUCGGUGAGCGAUGCAGAGUUUGACAGUACUGCAGACUUCGUAGCGACUGCCUCCAUCGAUGGACAGGUCGUUAUUCAAUCCCUCUCGACCCAUGAGUCAUACAUGUCCGACAUGAAGCGACCAAUUCGCACUGUAGCACUUGAACCUAAUUUUGCCAAGAAAAGUACGCGAUCGUUUGUGUGUGGAGGCAUGGCCGGGACACUGGUACUGAGAGAAAAGGGCUGGCUGGGGCAUAAGGAAACAGUCCUUCACUCCGGUGAAGGUCCAGUAUGGCAUGUACGAUGGAGGGAACGCUUAAUUGCGUGGGCGAAUGACUCGUCAGGAUCUACGACACUCAGUCCCAGAUGCUGCAUCACAUUCAUCGAGCGCCCCGCUGAUAGCCCUCGUGCGGACCUUUUCAAGUGCACUUUAUAUUGGCAAGAUGAUACGACUCUCCUGAUAGCAUGGGCGGACCACAUCAAGAUCGCGCACAUUCGAGAACGCCCGUCUACUGCGACCGCAUCAGGCAGGAUUGUAUCCAACUCACUCUCGAUGCCAAGAUCCCUGGACACAUCCUCUGUGCAGGAUGAAACGCUACCAUCAUUUCUGAUAUUGGCCUACCAAACACCAGAUACAUAUGGCGACGAAAUGACGGAAGAUCGUACAAGACAAGCUCGUAAAACAGCUGAGCGCCCCGAACUACGGAUAAUCACUCAUACAGGUGAAGAGCUAUCGGCCGAUGCGCUUGGUGUCACGAAUUAUCAAGCAUGGAGUUGCAACGACUAUGUGAUGGCGGAGGUCGACGGGCCGAAUUUGCCAGGGACAUCAGGAAGAUGCCAUAUCGUAAUUAGCCCCAAAGAUAUUGUCAUCGUGCGGCCCAGGGAUAGGAAGGACCAUGUCUUGUGGCUCGUAGAACAUCAGCGAUAUGACGAAGCUCUCGAAGAAGUAGAGAAGCUUGACGAGGACGAAUGCUCUGCGGAAGGCGAUCAGUCUGAGAUCAGUCCUAUCGCUAUAGGAGAGCGAUAUAUCAGGCAUUUGGUGGCUGAAGGCAACUUUGCUAAGGCUGCAAGUCUUUGCCCGAGAGUCUGUAGCGCAGACAUCGAACGCUGGGAAAAUUGGAUAUUUGUUUUUGCUCAAAGUCAGCAACUACAGACAAUCAUUCCUCAUGUCCCAACGGAGGCACCUCAACUUGACCAUCUGGUCUAUGAGAUGAUUCUUGCACACUUCCUUGUGCAUGAUAGGCAGUCUCUAAUGCGCACUAUCAAGGAGUGGCCGAAGUCGAUUUAUGAUAUAUCCACUGUCAUUGUUGCGGUGCAAGCAGAACUUGAGCGAUCGCCAUCAUCAUCAACCUCAAAAAGCUUACCUGCACCAGACGCUGUGAUUCUCAUGGAAUGUUUGGCUGAGCUUUAUACUGCUAAUCGACAAUACGGAAAAGCCUUGCCGUUUUUCCUCCGCCUCAGACGACAGAAUGUAUUUGAACUCAUCCGGGAGCAUAAUCUAUUCACCGAUGUGAAGGAUCAAGUACUCUUGUUGAUCGAGUUUGAUCAAGAGCUCCUUGAAAGGCGAAAACAAGAAGGCGCAGAAGGCGAAGCAACUUCCAGCGAAGCAAUCGCCCUACUGGUGGAUCAUAUCCAUUCUAUACCUAUCGCUCGCGUGGUUCAGCAGCUCCGUGAUCGCCCCUUUUAUCUCUUCCUUUACCUAGAUGCUUUAUUUAAAAAGGACUCUCAGCUUGGGUCUGAGUUCGCUGAUCUUCAGGUUACGUUGUUCGCCGAGUUUGCAACUCACCGCCUGAUUGACUAUCUUCGGGCAAGCACUUCAUACAAUCUUGAGGCGGCGUACAAUGAGUGCAAGAACAGAGAUCUUGUAAAUGAGAUGGUGUUCUUACUUGGUCGCAUGGGCAACAACAAGAAGGCGUUAACGCUCAUCAUUGAGCGCCUAGGCGACGUGCAUAUGGCGAUCGAAUUCGCUAAAGAACAAAGUGAUGACGACCUUUGGGAGGACCUUCUCAAAUAUUCUGAAACACGUCCGACUUUCAUUCGCGGUCUACUGGAAAAUGUCGGAGCUGAAAUUGACCCCAUCCGUUUGAUUCGUCGGAUCAAGAACGGGUUGGAAAUUCCUGGCCUCAAGGAAGCAUUGAUCAAGAUUCUCCAUGACUUCCAUCUUCAGAUCUCCCUUAUGGAGGGAUGCCAAACGAUUCUCAAUGGCGACAGCUCCGACCUUGCUAAGACGCGCUCAAAGGGUCAGAAUAGCGGAUUCUUCAUGAAAUCAAGAACGAUGUGUGUGCUAUGUACGCAACCCCUACAACGAUCACCACAAGACCUUCUUUUGCUAUUCUUGUGUCAUCACGUAGUUCAUGCCAGCUGCGUGGAUAGCAUGUCAGACAUUUACAACGAGGAACCCAGUGAAAGCAUAAAUGUGCUCGUCAGUGGAGUAAGCGCUAAGAUUGCUUUCGCUUCUGUAGUACGGGCUAAAAUCCCUCAGGGUUGUCCUGUUUGUUACCGGAGGAGCGAAGGGAAUCUAAUGUAACUACAGAUUUCGUCCCUCUUUUGCAUGAUUUACUAUAUACCUUGCAUUCACGCAAUCAUCUCUUCUGGAUACCAUUUGAAUUCACAUUGAGCGCGUUCAACUGCUG